GGAUGAUGGAGGGCGCUGUGGUAAGCGCUUCCAUGGGUGUGAUUGGCCCGCUCCUCGCCGAGCUUACCAUCUUGUGUGCGCGCUUGCCCGAAGGCCGCCCAAAAAGGGAGAUGGAGUUCUUCGAGGAGAAAUUGAGGAGCAUACAGGAGAUGGUGUCCUCCCUCCACACCGUGAAGAUGUCGCACAUGGUGGAAGAGGACACGCUGCUGAAGAAGAGGUGGGCGAAGCAAGCGAGGGAGAUCGCCUACGACACGCAAGACUUCGUCGACCUCUUCAGGCACAGCGCCGGUCUGUCUCUGUCUGAUGACACGGCCGGGGUUAUGCCCAAGACUGCUGGGCGUCUCAAGAAGCUAAGGAGGUUCAGCAGCCGCCCCAAGCAGCCAAGGUUAGAUCGUGACAUGGUCAACAAGGUCGAGGAGCUUAAGGCUCGUAUGACCGAAGUGAUUGAGCGGCACAGGAGGUUCAAGAUCGCCAUGGAUCCCAGCUCCCCCCCAAAAGAAGACGUGCCCGGUUGUUCAGGGCAUCAGAUCCAGAUCCAGAGUGAGGCAUCCUCUUCUGGUACUCGUACUUCCAGUUCCAGGUGUCCAUCUGUGCCCAUAGAUGCUUAUUUCUCGGCACUCUAUGCCGGGGGAGACGGACUUGUUGGUAUCGAUGGCCCCAGCCACGAUCUCACGGCGCUGCUCAUGGAUGACAUGCAACAAUUGAAGGUGGUUUCUGUUCUGGGUCCUGAAGGUAUAGGAAAGACUACACUUGUCAGGGAGGUUUAUCGCAAUAUUCGAGGCCGAUUUGAGUGCUGCGCUUUUGUGUCAAUGUCCCCAAAGACAGGCAUUCAGGAGAUUCUCCAAGCAUUUCGAUCACAGCUCGGUGCACAAGAUGGUGCCAGCGUAGAGGCGUGCCAAGAGGAGCGAUUCACGCAUAAGCUCAUACAAAUACUAAAGGGCAAGAGGUACUUUGUCGUGCUCGAUGGUGUGUGGAGCACACGAGCCUGGAGAUUGAUCAGAUGUGCUUUGCCAGGAAACAAUCACGGCAGUCGAAUAUUGAUGACGACAUGCAUUGAUAACAUAGCCAAGUCUUGUUGCUCAACUACUGGAGACUCAAUAUAUCAAGUGAAAUGUCUUCCAGAACUAGAAGGAAGAAGAUUAUUCAUCGAGAGAACAUUUGGCCUUGAAAAGUGGCAGUUUCCUUCUUGGUUAAAAGAAGUUUCCAGUGAAAUAUCGAGAACAUGUGGUGGGUGGCCAAUCGUGAUCCUUACCGUAGCUAGUUUGCUGGCCACUAAGUCAAGUUCAGAAGAUCAUUGGAAAAUGAUACAAGGUUCUAUUGGUUUAGCACUUGUGCGACCCCACAGAAGAGAAGGUUUAGCACUUGAGCAGAGCCAGGUCCACAGUUAUGACAGUUUGCUAGGAGUGAAAAAUAUACUGUACAUUUGCUACAAUGACCUUCCCCAGCAUUUGAAGACAUGCUUACUGUAUCUAAGCAUAUAUCCGGAAGGCUACGUCAUCGGCAGAGAUCAUUUAAUAAGAAGAUGGAUAGCUGAAGGGUUCAUCAGCGUGAGAAGUGAACAUGAUAACUUAGAAGAAGUAGGGCAGUGCUAUUUUAAUGAACUUAUUAACAGGGGGAUGAUACAACCAGUGGGAAUCCAGUAUGAUGGUCGAGCUGAUGCCUGCCAAGUACAUAGUUUGAUCCUUGGUCUAAUCGUAUCCAUCUCUGCUGAAGAAAAUUUUGUCACAUUGUCUGAUGGCCAGGAUCAUGAAUUGGGCACAACAGACAAGGUCCGACGGUUAUCUCUCAACUACCAUGGUCAACAGCAUUUUGUUGUGCCAUCAACCAUAACUUCCUCGCCUGUCCGAUCACUCACAAUUUUUGGGUCCGCUAAAGAUGCACCGAUUUUUUCAAACAGUCAAGUUCUGCGGGUGUUUGAUUUGGAUGUUCGGGGUGAUCCAGGGAAAAAAUAUCUGGGAACUAUAGGAUGCUUUUAUCAGUUGAAGUAUUUGCGACUCCAAAUGAGUGGAGUUGUUGAGCUUCCUGAACAAAUAGGGGAACUGCAGUUUCUUGAGACUCUUGAUCUUACCAAGACUUCCAUCAGAAAGCUGCCAAGAAGCAUUCUUCAUUUAUGGCGUCUGGUAUAUUUACUUGUCUGUAAUGUUGAAUUGCCAGAGGGACUGGGUGACAUGCGGUCUCUGGAGGAGCUUUCAGGGAUUCAAGUCAAAACCACCAACUCAACAAAUUCACUGUUGGGUGUGGGACAGUUGACAAAACUGAGGACUGUUCAACUAAUUUGGUCCAUUUCUGAUGCGUGCGGUGAUAUCAAAGGGUACGAGGACAAUCUGCUCUCAUCGCUCAAGGAACUAUCCAAGCUCCAAUCUCUAACAAUCGAAAGCAGAGAUGGUUCUGCUCUCAGUUUCUUGGAUUCUUGGUCGCCUCAUCCUCAGCUUCUUCAGAAACUCUAUUUGACCGGAGGAUAUUAUUUCCCCAGAAUUCCAGAGAGGAUAAUCUCACUUGUCAACCUAGAUUUCCUCGAGAUCAGCGUUUAUCAAGUGCAAGACGAAAUGAUGAAUGUUUUGGGGUCCCUGCCAGCCCUGGUAGUUCUCAGCUUAUCAUCACAGGUUGCAGCCCCGGAACAAAGGAUAGUCGUUCAACCCGGUUUGUUCCAUUGUCUGACGAAAUUUACACUCAUAUGCUUGAAUAAAUGGACAGGGUUGGUUAUCGAACCAGAGGCUCUGCCGAAGCUAGCCAGGCUUGGGCUUCUGUGCUACGUGCAGGGACAGAGAGAUCCUGUGUGUGGUGAUUAUGGCAUCAAGUAUCUCUCUUCUCUCAAAAAUCUCCAUGUUGAGAUCACCUUCGGUCGCGCAGGGAUUUGGGAGGUUGUCAUAAGAUCCGCAAAGAGUCCGCCACCACAAGUUCAAAUAUCUGACAAGCAUCAUAUGGUGGAGGAAGCGGAAAUCAUAGAAGCUGUGGAGUCCUUAUCUACACAUGAAAGCAUUCAAGAAGAAUCUGCUAUUUACAAAGAUGCUAAAAUGGACUCCCAAUCUUCACAGGAAGGCCCAGAAGAGUAUAAGGCUGUGGCAGGGAGGGUCCGUUCCAUCUGUGAUGACAUGUCUCCAAGAAUUCAUCCGCACAAACUUACAUCAGCGAGCUCUGAGCUAGCUUUCCACAACCGUGAAGUCAUGGAGUCAGCUUUGGUGAGUGCGGCGACGGGGUCUCUGAAGCCUGUCCGGGAGAAGCUAGCCACCCUUCUCGGCGAUGAGUACAAGCGUUUCAAGGGCGUGCGCAGGGAGAUCAGGUCCCUCACUCACGAGCUUGCUGCCAUGGAGACUUUCCUCCUGAAGAUGUCAGAAGUGGACGAUCCUGAUUCGCAAGAUAUAGAUUGGAUGAAUAAGGUGCGGGACCUGUCAUACGACAUGGAGGAUGCCAUCGACGAUUUCAUGCAAAGCAUCCGUGACAAUGAUGAAAAGCCUGAUGGCUUCAUUGAGAGGAUCAAGAACUCCCUAGGGAAGUUGGGAAAGAUGAAGGCUCGACGUCGCAUUGGCGAUGAGAUCCAGGAUCUGAAGAAACAGAUCAUCGAGGUGGGUAAGAGGAAUGCAAGGUACAAGAGUCGUGAGGCCUUCUCCAAGACCAUGAAUGCAACCGUUGACCCUAGAGUUCUUGCUAUGUUCGAGCAUGCAUCAAAACUGGUUGGAAUUGAUGAGCCAAAAUUUGAGAUAAUCGAACUGUUAACGUUGGGAGAGGAUGUCCGUGCACCAGUGCAACAGCAACAACCGAACAUAGUCUCCAUUGUUGGAUCCGGAGGUAUGGGAAAAACUUCUCUUGCAAAACAAGUGUAUCAAGAUCUUAAAGGACAAUACGAGUGUCACGCUUUCAUAUCAGUGUCACGAAAUCCAGACAUGAUAAAUAUCUUCAGAACCAUCCUCACUGAAUUAGUGGCCAAGAAAUAUGACGGUGACACGGAAGUGGGAAGUAUACCACAACUCAUCAGCAAGAUCACUGAUUUUUUAGCCGACAAAAGGUACUUUGUUGUUGUUGACGAUAUAUGGGACGUGGAUACAUGGGAUAUUAUUAAGCGUGCAUUCCCCACUACAACUUCCAGUAGUUCAAUAAUCACAACUACUCGUAUGAAAAAUGUGGCUCGUUCAUGCUCAUUAUUCAAUGGCUAUGUUUAUAAUAUAAGUCCUCUCAAUAUGGUGCACUCAAGGCAGUUACUUCACAGAAGAAUAUUCAAGUCUGAUGAAGAUUGUCCUUCAUACCUUAAAAAUGUUUCUGAUGAAAUUUUGAAAAAAUGUGCUGGACUACCUCUGGCGAUCAUUGCUAUAUCUGGUUUGUUGGCUAACACAGAAAAAACAGAGGAUCAAUGGAAUAAAGUGAAAGAUUCAAUUGGCCGUGCACUUGAAAGGAAUGCUAGCGUCAAAGGAAUGAUGAAGAUAUUGUCACUUAGUUACUAUGAUCUGCCUCCUUAUUUGAAAACUUGUCUCUUAUAUAUGAGCAUAUAUCUAGAAGAUAAUACUAUUGAGAAAGAGGGCCUUAUAAGAAGAUGGAUUGCCGAACGAUUUAUUAUUAGAAAAGGUAGAUAUACGGCAUAUGAGUUAGGAGAAAGGUGUUUUAAUGAACUUCUUAAUAGGGGUUUGAUCCAACCUGGGGAGAUAAAUCAAUAUGGCACAGUGAAGAGUUGUCGAGUUCAUGGCACAAUUCUUGAUUUCAUCAUAUCCAAGUCCAUAGAAGAGAACUUCAUUACUUUACUUGGUGUUCCCAUUCUGAAAAUUGGGAACCAAAGCAUAGUCGUUCGUCGACUCUGGUUACAAGGUGUCGAGGAAGGAAAUUCAACAGCACUGACAACCGGUCUUGUGUUGUCCCGUGUUCGAUCACUUACUAUGGUCAGAGGUAUAUUGGAAAUCCCUUCUUUGGAGGAGUUCAGACAUGUGCGUGUUCUUGACUUAAUGGAUUGCUCCAAAUUGGAAGAUCGUCAUGUUGAAACUAUUGUGAGGUUGUUCCACCUGAGGUACCUGAACCUUCGAGGUACAAGAAUAAGCAAGCUCCCGGAACAAAUUGGGCGUUUAGGGUGCUUAGAGAUUCUGGACCUAAGACACACUUGUUUAGAGGAAUUACCUGCAUCUGUUAUUAAUCUCAGAAAAUUGUCGAAUCUACUUGUUGAUUGUAAUGUUAAAUUUCCUGAUGGGAUUGCGAAGAUGCAAGCACUGGAGAUGUUGGAAGAGGUGAGUGUCUCCAUUCAGCCAUGUGACUUCCUUUGGAGCCUUGGACAACUAAAGAAUUUGAGGAAUCUGGAACUUGACCUUGAAUCUGACACUAAGGAUACAGAUAAAUCUGUGGUUGCGGAGGAACGCAACAAAGCUAUUGUCUCUUCCCUGUGUAAACUAGGCAUUCAAGACAUCCGAUCCCUUACUAUUUGUGAAGGUAGCAGCCUCUUGCAGGAACCUUUGUGCCUGCCUACCCUGGAGAAACUUAUUACAAGGAAUUCAGCCAUCCCGCAUGUUCCGACAUGGGUGAGCUGCCUCAGAAACCUCCAACAUCUACGCAUUCAAGUGUUGGUAGUCAAGCAGGAUGAUCUCUGCAUCCUUGGAGCCUUGCCCAGUCUGCUCAUUCUGCAUCUGAUUGACGUAACAAAGUCAAACGAAAAGCUCAGAAUCAGUGGUGAAGUUGGGUUCCAAUUCUUGAGGAUUUUUAUUUAUGAUGCAUUUCUUCAGCCGACAGAUCUGAUGUUUGGGGCAGGGUCCAUGCCCAAGCUAGAAAAACUCGUACUUCAGUGUUUGCGCACAGUUGAAGCUGACUGUCUGGACUUUGGAAUCGAGAACCUCCCCUGCCUCAAUACUGUCAAAGUAGGUGGCGACUAUAUAACACUGUUAAAGCCGUGAAGACUGCCAUGGAGAGGGCAUUCAGUGCACAUCCCAAUUACCCUAGUCUACACUUUCAGGCAUGAUCGGCCACGAAUGCCCAGCUUUGAUUAAACAAGCCAAGAAACAGAAACAGGGGAGCUGCUGCUUCUUGUCAUCUUUUUUUUUUUUUUUAAUUUUUGCUGCUUGUCAUCUGGCCGGCCGAUUCUCAAGUUUCAAAGUCUUUAGCUCGAAACCUCUCUCUCUCUUUUAUGAUACACCAGUACACUGUAUUAUACAUUGGAUAAUGUUUUAUAUUUGACAUCCAUGCUUUGCAUAUCUUACAUUUGACCAGUAAUUAGUUGACAACAUGUGGACAGCAUGUCACCUGAUACAAAAUCGCAGAGUUCGUGUUUAAA